AUGGCUCUGAUGUUGGUCAAGUUCGAUCUGAAAAAGCGAGUGAAGCUCGCUCAGACGGUCUGGUUCAUGUACUGGUUUGCUGUAAUGGCCGGCGUGCUGGUGUUCAGCAUGGGCCUGUUUAAGAUCGAGCUGAGAAAACGCUCGGAACUCAUGGACAACAACGAGAGCCACUUCUUACCCAACCUGCUCAUAGUUAUGGGUCUAAUAACGUGCGGCAUCAAUGCCUUAGGAGGAAAGGUCUGCAACGACUCCCUGGACCCUUCCAAGUUCGUGAAGUGGAAGCCCAUGUUGAAGACCUUCCUGGUGGUGUGCGUGGUCUUGAACGCUCUGCUGCUCGUGACGACUGUGCUGUGCUUCUUGAUGAAGAUCCCUCUGCAGUUCACUGACCGAGGGGCUGAAGAACGCAUGAAGUUCUACAAGGACACGGACACACCGGGCCGCUGCUACAUGAAGAGGACCCUGGACCUGAUGCAGAUGGAGUUUCGCUGCUGCGGGAACAACCAAUACAGAGAUUGGUUCGAGAUUCAGUGGGUCAGCAACCGCUACCUGGACUUCAGCUCGAAGGAAGUCAAAGACCGCAUCAGCAGCAAUGUGGACGGCCAGUACCUGAUGGACGGAGUCCCGUUCAGCUGCUGUAACCCAGCUCCCCGAGAACCCUGCAUCCAGCACCAGAUGACCAACAACUCCGCCUACUACAGCUACGACCACUACACCGAGGAGCUCAACGUGUGGCGGCGCGGCUGCCGUGACGCCCUGCUGUCCUACUACGGCGGCUUGAUGAACACCAUCGGAGCCUUAGUGCUGCUGAUCACUAUGCUGGAGCAGCAGCAGCAGCAGCAGCAGCCGCCCUGUGAGGAUGAACGCUCGGCUCACCCGUCUUAUUAUUUCAGGACGCUCGUCCACUAA